AAUAAAAAUUAGAUUCUGUCACUAUAGAGCUUAAAACCGUCCAACCGUCCCUAUUUCUCUCAGAAUAAAGUCCAAGCCCCCGGACCCUUUCGCGCCUUCAACCACAACUCACUUGAACACAGACAGGACCUGCCCUUUCAUGUCCUGGGCAUUUGCUAUUAACUCUUAUCAGGAAUACCCUUCCCACUGAUCUAAUGCCUGACUCCUCCUUCUGGCCUCAGCUCAGAGGGUAAUUCCCUCAUAUUAUUACUUUUCAUAUCUGGAAAGUAUCUUGAGUCGGCUCUUCCACUACAAUUUAGUGCCUGCAACCUUUCCUGUUUUGCUCAUUGCUGUGUCCCCAAUUCCUAGAGAACGCUGGGCACCUUGAAGGUACUGAGCGGAUAUUUGCGGAAUCAAAGAAUGAAUGAAUGAGUGAUUGAAAGGCUAAGAUGAGACUUGAAGGUGCCAGGCCUGCACAGUGCUGCGGGAAAGGGUUACAGACAAUGGGUUUACUCUGGGCACUAUCUAGGCAGCCUCCCGGGAGGCAAGCAACGACCCCCGCAAUCCGGAAUCCACGUGUAACCCGCCUCCCUUCUCCACCCAUCCAGGAGAAGCCGACCCCACCUGCCUCUCCAGGACCCCACGAUGCCCGCCCCGCAGUGCGCCUCUUGCCACACGGCGCGCGCCGCCCUCCGCCGUCCGCGCUCGGGCCAGGCGCUGUGCGGCGCCUGCUUCUGCGCCGCCUUCGAGGCCGAGGUGCUGCACACAGUGCUCGCAGGCCGCCUGCUGCCUCCUGGGGCCGUGGUGGCCGUGGGCGCCUCGGGCGGCAAGGACUCCACGGUGCUGGCGCACGUGCUGCGCGAGCUGGCCCCGCGCCUGGGCAUCUCGCUGCACCUCGUGGCGGUGGACGAGGGCAUCGGCGGCUACCGGGACGCGGCGCUGGCAGCUGUGCGGCGGCAGGCGGCGCGCUGGGACCUCCCGCUCACCGUCGUGGCCUACGCGGACCUCUUCGGGGGCUGGACGAUGGACGCGGUGGCCCGCAGCACUGCUGGCUCCGGCCGCAGCCGCGCCUGCUGCACCUUCUGCGGGGUGCUGCGGCGCCGCGCGCUGGAGGAAGGGGCGCGCCUCGUGGGAGCCACGCACGUCGUGACCGGACACAACGCGGACGACAUGGCGGAGACGGUGCUCAUGAACUUCCUGCGGGGCGACGCGGGCCGGCUGGCGCGGGGCGGGGGCCUGGGCUCCCCGGGCGAGGGGGGCGCCCUGCCGCGCUGCCGCCCGCUGCAGCUGGCCUCGCAGAAGGAGGUGGUGCUGUACGCGCACUUCCGCCGCCUCGACUACUUCUCCGAGGAGUGCGUGUACGCGCCCGAGGCCUUCCGCGGCCACGCGCGCGACCUGCUCAAGAUGCUGGAGGCGGCGCGGCCGUCGGCGGUGCUGGACCUGGUGCACUCGGCCGAGCGCCUGGCGCGCCCCCCGCCGCCCGGCGCCUGCUCCCGCUGCGGGGCGCUGGCCAGCCGCGCGCUCUGCCAGGCCUGCGCGCUCCUGGACGGCCUGAACCGCGGCCGGCCCCGCCUGGCCAUCGGCAAGGGCCGCCGGGGGCUGGACGAGGAGGGGCCGCCGCGGGAGCCGCAGCCGUCCCGACCGCCGACUUCUGAGCCUGUCCCCGACUUCUAGAGACUCCAGUUCCCCGCGGGGAUCCGGCGCCACGGGGGCGCGGACCGCCUGUAAAUGACGCGGAAUGAACCCGAGUUACCUGAGCCCGGACUUCGUGUGCAGCUGGGAGAGAGACGGAACGGGUUACCUGUGAUCCUGCAGACGCUGGGGCUCCGGGCUCCUGGGGCUGGGGCCCGGGGACUCCUGCGUCUCAGGGAGGGGAGCACUAGACGACCUUCCAUUCCUGAGCGAGUGGGAAUUAGGGGGCUGCUUGCCUGUACCUCUGUGGGGUUCUGGACGUGCUCAGAUAGCCCUAACCCUUCUCGAUCGCCUACUUCCCGCCUGAUGUUCGUGUUUGCCUGUAGCAGGAUAAUCACCAGAGAAGGCAAUGGCACCCCACUCCAGUACUCUUGCCUGGAAAAUCCCAUGGAUG